CUUUCUCCGCUUUGAACCUUGGCCUACGGGGGACAGGGAGGACUCAGAAGCAGAGAACAGUAACGAUGUACCAGAGUCUGGCCAUGGCCGCCAACCACGGCCCCCCUCCAGGGGCUUAUGAGACAGGCGGACCGGGCGCCUUCAUGCACAGCGCGGGUGCUGCGUCCUCGCCGGUCUACGUGCCCACACCCCGAGUGCCAUCCUCGGUGCUGGGCCUGUCUUACCUGCAGGGGGGAGGCGGUAGCUCUACGUCUGGAGCAGGAUCCGGAGGCAGUUCGGGAACUGCUCCGCCCGGCGCGGGGCCUGGGACUCAGCAGGGCAGCCCGGGCUGGAACCAGGCAGGAGCCGAGGGAACCGCCUACACUCCGCCACCGGUCUCGCCGCGCUUCUCCUUCCCUGGGACCACCGGGUCUCUGGCAGCUGCUGCCGCUGCCGCAGCCGCCCGAGAAGCAGCAGCCUACAGCAGUGGCGGCGGGGCCGCAGGUGCGGGCCUACCGGGCCGUGAGCAGUAUGGGCGCGCCGGCUUCGCAGGCUCAUACUCGAGCCCCUACCCGGCCUACAUGGCUGACGUGGGUGCGUCCUGGGCCGCGGCAGCUGCUGCCUCCGCCAGCCCCUUCGACAGUCCGGUUCUGCACAGUCUGUCCGGCCGGGCCAACCCAGCGGCCCGCCACCCCAACCUCGUAGAUAUGUUUGAUGACUUCUCAGAAGGCAGAGAAUGUGUCAACUGUGGGGCCAUGUCCACCCCACUCUGGAGAAGGGAUGGGACGGGGCACUACCUGUGCAAUGCCUGUGGCCUCUAUCACAAGAUGAACGGCAUCAACCGACCCCUUAUCAAGCCCCAGCGCCGACUGUCAGCCUCCCGCCGAGUGGGCCUCUCCUGUGCCAACUGCCAGACCACCACCACCACCUUGUGGCGCCGCAAUGCUGAGGGUGAGCCCGUGUGCAAUGCCUGUGGCCUCUAUAUGAAGCUCCAUGGGGUCCCCAGGCCUCUUGCGAUGAGGAAAGAAGGAAUUCAGACCAGAAAACGGAAACCCAAGAACCUUAAUAAAUCUAAGACUUCAGCAGGUCCUUCCGGCAAUGAGAGCCUUCCUCCUACCAGCAGUGCUUCCAGCAACUCCAACAACGCAGCUACCAGCAGCAGUGAAGAAAUGCGUCCCAUCAAGACGGAACCUGGGCUGUCAUCUCACUAUGGGCACACCAGCCCUAUGCCCCAGACAUUCUCCGUCAGUGCGAUGUCUGGCCACGGGCCCUCCAUCCACCCAGUCCUCUCGGCUCUGAAGCUCUCCCCACAAGGCUACACCUCCUCUGUUAGCCAGUCGCCACAGGCCAGCUCCAAGCAGGACUCUUGGAACAGCCUGGUCUUGGCUGACAGUCACGGGGACAUAAUCACUGCCUAAUCGCACCUCUUUCCCUCCUCAAAUUCCUGCAUAGACUUGGGACUUGGA